AUAUAUUGGCUAAAAUGAGCAAACCAGGUGACCCAGAUUUUAGAAGGAAUAGAGUAGGUUAAGAAUCUUUGUUUAGGUUAUGAUGUUUACAUGAUUUUAUAUGUAUGAUCAUUUCUGUUUUUUGACAGGGUUCCACAGACUUCACAAAAACGUAUGUAUAAUUGUGUUAUACCUCUCUAGGUUUGUUAUACAUGUGCACAUGACUGUUGUCAGCAGAUGUGUUUCUGUAACACUGAGUACCAACACUGUAGUUGUCCAAAACAUGACCCAAGUAUAAAAUAUAUCUAGUGUUCAAACAUACAUUUACUCAGACAAAUCACAAAAUAUGGUACACAGGAUUACCACAUGACUGUGUGUCUUUGUUUUCUCUCCUCUUUUCACAGAAUUGAUGACCAAUUGAAUGAGAUAAGAGCCGACCUGGAGAAACAUGAAGUCAGCAGACAGAAGCUUCUAGAUUCUCUACAACAUGACCAAGUUGUUCCUAGACAGGUGACUGUAAAAGAAACAGUGCAAGAACGUCAGGACUUAGGAGCAGCAGUCGGUGGACAAAUGUCACCCCUAUGUGUUACAAAGCCGACGCUGAGAUUCACAGAGACAGACGACAGUGAGCUGAGAAUUACUGACAGCGGCUCAGUGGUAAAGGCUGAGGACUUGUCCGCGGGGUGGUGUGGGAGAGCUGUGACAGACGGGCGUUACCAGACGGGCAGGUACUACUGGGAGGUGCAGAUCACCUGUUCACAUGGCUGUUACUGUCGUGUAGGAGUGACACAGGAGAGCUGUGGUGUGAGGAGGACAGCCCCUGGCCGUAACUCCUGGUACAUUGAUAUGGGGUACCGUGGUGAUGAGGUCAAGUGUUAUAGUCACCGUGGUGGUGGUGAGAUCAAACCUGACUAUCGUCAGUACAGACGUUACACACUACCUCAUCACCUGGGUGUGUACCUGGACUGUGAUGACCACGCACUGACAGUCCUGGACUGUGACAACAACCAGGUAAUGUACACUUACAGUGAUGUUAUCGUCACAGAGCCUCUCGUGCCAUGGGUUUUGUUUGGUGUCUGGUCUGAAUCUGGAUCUGCGUCUGCUCGUCUGGUAACGGGGGACUCUGCCACUCUGCCUCCAGUUCUCUGUGAUAUGAUAAGCACUUCCUGA